GCCAUCAUUUAUUCCUGAAAAGAAAGGAGCUGGGAAAAUAAAAAAAAAGCUACUGUACAGCUAGACAUACGUAUUUUAAAGAGAAGGAUGCUUUGGAAGACUCUGGUGCUGCUGCUGUUCUAUUGCAGUGCUUAUGCCACUGUGACCCACAGAUGGAGCAGAGCUGUGCUUUUCCCAGCUUCUCAGAGAUUCAAGAGGUCCUCAGCUGCCUUUCUGAACCCCGUGUUACAGAACUCGAUGGAAGAUGUGGUCCUGCUUUAUGAGUUUCUUUUAGCUGAGCUCGACAUCGACAAAGGUCAGAGGAUCUCCAUCAAGGAUGAGGAGCUGGCUUCCCUGAGGAAGGCUGCUGAGUUUGACACCAUCUGCAACGAGAUCAUCCCCAAGAGCAUCCCGGAGAUCCGCAGGCUGAGCAGCAGGCUGUCCUCCUACCCCAGGGUCCUCAAGAAGGAGGACUUUGAGAGGACAGUGCUGACCAUGGUCUACACGGCCUACAGAGCUGCCCAGUCCCAGGGGCACCAGAAGGACACUUGGGCUGAGUCCUUUGUCAACCUCUACAAAGCCCUGAAGAACGACUUGAUGCUGUCAUACGGCAAGCAGCCCUCGUAGUGGGAGGGGAGCAGCAGCUCAGCCACCUGCCCUGGCUGGUG